AUGACAAUAAAAUCUUUCCGAACGGCUAUCAACGCUUUUAUCGUUCGUUUGAAAGACAAUUAUCCCGAAUUUAUUAUCAGACUACACCAUACUCUUACAAACUCUCAUAAUGAUUUCCAGACUUAUUCAUCCACCAUCACAAUAUUGAUUGAUUUGUAUACCACCGCUCCAUCACCAAACGCCGAUGUCAUCUUCAAGUCAAACCUCUUGCGGGAAGUGGUAGCUUACCUAAGAGAUCUAUCCGUUUAUGAUAAACAAGACAACCUUAAUAUUAAAGAAGCAAUGGUAUUGUUUGAGAAAUUGCAUCCAAAGUUGGCUCUUGAAGAAAAGAUGGAAUUUGCCAAAGACUACGGACUCGCAACGUAUAUUUGGGAUAUUAUGAUCAAUGAUGAUUCCGAUCUUAUCCGUCCCCACAAGAAAUUGUUCAACUUGUAUUUUGGUAAUUCUUUUUAUCGAAUAAAUACCCUUGAUCAGUGGAUCAUCGAACAAUUCAUGAUCCCCAUAUUAAGGAAUCCUUCCAAUCCACAAAGCACCUCUCUUUGUUUUGAAUUCUUAUCAAAAUUAUAUUCGAAUGUUGUCCCCGACUCCAAGAUCACUGCCAUUAUUUGUGAUUUACUAAAACCAAUAUCCACCAAGUCUUCAAGCUCAUCAUCUAAGAAAUUGGGAAUAUUCAAAACACACAAAGCCACGCCAAAACCAGAAUUCCUUCCACAGCCAGUUCUCAUAGACGCCUUGCAAUAUUUUGCACGGAUAUUUGAGGCUCAUAAAGAAUCCAUUCCAGAUCUUAUGAAAAUAGAAACCUCCACCAAUCUAUGGGAUUCGGUGUCUUAUCUUUUCCAAAAAUUCAACACCUCGUUUGCAGUGCAAUAUCAUGUCUUGUACUUUGCUCAUUUCUUCUUGAUAACCGAACCAAAAUUUGAUGAGAACGAGGUCAAGAAAUUAUUAUGGUCAUCCAAUUUUAUUACUAGAAAUUUACUCGAUGCUUAUGAAAGUCAAAAGGAUCCCACAGUCAGGGGAGAUAAAUACCCAAAGGAUCUAUGUGUAGUUAUGAAUUUUAAAUCCCUUCGCAAAUAUCUACAGAAGUCCAAAUCUGAUGGCGAUAAAAUUAAUACUGACCAAAUGAUUGAUAUUUUGAAAUUCAUAAACUACCUCUUGGAUCAUUGGAAAUCUGUCAAUAUCACAACUAAGAAUCUGAUUCAAGCGAUAACUGAUUUGGUUGAAUUUUGUCUACCAAGGGUUCCUCAAAAUGAUAAAAGAUCUUUAAUCAACAAAUUAUUGGUCAUUCUAGACAACGAUACUAGCCAUGACGACGCUACAAUACCGGUAGCACAUUUCUAUGCCAGACAUUCUUUAGACAAGAAUUUUGAUAAACAGAUUGAUAUCGUAUUAUUCUUCCCUUAUGUGGCAAAAAAGACAAAGAAUGUAAAGAAGCGGCUUGAAGAAAUUCACGGUAAAAGUCAAAUUCUCUGCUUACAAGACCAAGAGGAGUUCACCUUCAUGUUAAAUUGUUUAGCAUCACAAUCUUUUAAACAAAAGUACAAGUUACGUGAUAUGAUACGCCAAGGCAAUUAUCUUAAUUUGUUUAUCCCCAAUAUUACUGAUUUACAUACUGAUGAUGCCAAAACAUUGAUGCUCAUUUGUUUGGUAUUAUCACUCGCGUGUUUGGAGUUGGAUGAAGAAUACUAUUCUAAUUUGUCACUGCUCCUUGCGAAUGUUGGUGACGAUGACGUCUUUAAAAGGAGGAUCUUGCUGUUUUCUGGAAAUGUUAUAAUAAAUUCUAAAAGUCUGAAUCCGUUGAUCAAUCAUCCAACUUUUUUAAUGGAGAUUUAUUCUUUAGCGCUAAGUUCCGAAGACCACGACGUGAAAACGCUAGCUUACAAAGUUAUUAAUUUGCUUGUUGUGUUUCGAGAUCCCGAAAAAAAAGAUAUCUUGAGAGAAAUAAUCAAGGAGUGGGACUUUUUUAAUACUUUGUUCGUUCCUGUCCUUAAAGACCCUCAAUCUUUAUUGCAUGGAUCGGUAACCAAUUGUCUCGAGAGCCUUGGCAAAAUGGGGGACUUCCAGGAAGAAUUCGAAACUACCAACGUUAUUUCGUUAAUGGUGGAUUAUUUUUGUACUAGACAACAAUACGAAAAAAACUUCUUUUACUUUAUUGGUGGUUAUUUUGGGGAAGACGGUGGCGUUGAUGAUACUAUAAGGAGCAUAUGUUUAUACAAAGGUAAUAUUUUUAAGACGCUUCCUAAGGCGAUUGAAUUAUCAAAGUCGACGAUAGUAGCAAAGAAAUUCAAAGAGAAUUGUUGGGUAUUAACAUACUUGUGCCAAAUAUUUUCUAGCGUGUUAGAGGAGUACCCAGUUUGUGUGAAAGAUUUCACCCGAAAGCAGGCUCAUGAUAUUUAUUCAAUUACGUUGGAUAUCGUGAGAUCGGCCCCGCAAGAUACUCUUGACAAAAUUGGGAUCGAUUAUAUCGUCAAGCUAUGGAGAGAUUUAGAACUUGAUGAAAUUCCUGAUGAGGAUGAUUUUUUGAAAACACUUACAAGACUAUUUAAUGAUUGUUUGCCCUAUGUUAGUCGUGAGGAUGACACUUUGAGAGACGGUUUCACGCAUGCGAAGGAAAUGAUUCAAGAUAUUCUCACCAUCAUUACCAAAUAUAUUGGUGACACCCCUAAUAAAUCGAAGGAUUUCCGGGCAGCUUAUUAUUUCUUUAAACCAUUGAUGAAGCUUUUAAACCAAAGUGUGCCGGUUUCGCUUACCGUGAGCAUAUGGCAGUUUUUCUAUAAAAUCAUCCGUGACAGAGCGAAUGGUAAAAUUGUGGAGUUUUUUUUCGAUAAUGUGAAAGAACCGGUUGUUCCCUCGUGGGGAUCGGUCGUUAUGUUGAAACACCUUCGUGGCGAGUAUUCGGUCGCUUCGGCAACCAUAUCGUUUUGUUGGAAAGUCGUCACUUACUAUCCUGGUACCGUUUACGCAACGUAUAUCUUGAAAGACUUUGGGGUCAAUGAACUGAUGAGUCAAUUAAAGGAACGAUUUAGGAAUGACUUUGAAAUUAUGAACAGGUUAGAAGAUAUUGAAAGUGCAGGUUAG